CAAAAACAGCAACAAAUGGAUGUUAUUCCUUUUAAUGCUCAAAGGGAAAGACAAAUUGAGCAAGGAUUACCAUUUCGUCGUUCUGGGGCAUGUCAAUUUAAUAAUGGAGAACAACAUUUACAACAAAAUCCUUUUAAUAAUUGUUAUUUUACACCUCCAACAAUUCCAAAUAAUAUUAGAUAUGAUAAUAAUACACAACAACAAUUAUCAUUUUCGAAUGAUUGGAUAA